AUGUCCGCGCAAGACUACUACAACCAAGGCCAGCAAGGCGGAAGCGGCGGCUACGGCCAGCAGCCUCCCCAGAACAACCCCUACGGCUACAGUCAGGGCCAACCCGCUCCCCAGUACCAGGGCCAGCAACAGGGCGGCUACCCCCCCUACGGCGGCCAGCAAGACCCCCACAACUCCUACUCCUCUCCUCCUCAAGGCGGCUACUACCAACCCCCUCCUCAACACCACGGGCAGCCGCAAGACUACUCGAACCAGUCUUUCUAUGGCAAUGCUCCCCAGCCUCACACUCCCCAGGGGCAAGCACCCUACGGCCAGCCACAGUACGGUGGCGGACAAGGACACGACGGUCAGAGACAAUAUCAUGAUCAGAGCCAGCAGGGCUACGGACAGCAGCAGGGAUAUCCACAGCAACAUCAGCAGUACCCGGGCCAGGGUGGCCCAGGAGGUCCAGCAGGCCCCGACGGUGAUCGCGGUCUCGGCGCUACGCUGGCUGGUGGUGGAAUGGGCGCUAUGUUGGCGCAUGCUGGUGGGGCGGGUACCCUGGGUGGUGUGGUGAGCGCGGUUGGAGGCGCGAUUGCGGCGAAUCUGUUGGAGGAUAAGCUCAAGAAGAAGAAGGGGGACAAGAAGGACAAGAAGGACAAGAAGGAUAAGCAUCACAAGAAGGACAAGCACCGCAAGCGCAGUGGGAGUGGCAGCAGCUCCGACUCGAGCGAUUCGGACUAA